AUGGCGUCUUCAACGCCACCCUGCCCUCCGGGGAGCCCAUCCUGUGGCGUGCAGCUGCCUGUCUGCCUUCCGAGUGGAUCGUGGGCGUUGCAGGCGUUUGCGGCUGCCUUUGACGCUCAGACGGAGGCAGUUUUUCCUGCAGCAGCGCAUCCUGAGACUGCCGGUGCGGAGGGAGGGGGCCCCCCGAGGCGGCUGGCUGACUCGAGUGCUCCCGGUGUAUGCGCAGCUGGAAACACCCCCCCCUCAGAUGCUGGCUUCCCACGAGACACCCCCUCCAGACCCCUUCCCAGCUUCCAUAGCAGCGCCGUUUCUGCCGCUGCCGCCGCCGAGCUGCAUGCGCAUGCACCUUCCCCCUCGGGAACGCCUCGCGACGCCUCAUGGGGGCCCGAGGGAGAGGGCUUUGGAGGCGCCUUUGCCAUCGGAUGCGCAGGCAUCGACGUUUUGGAGAGGCCCCUUGAUCAGCUGCCUCCUUGGUUCGCCUCUCUGCCGCGCCUCCUUCUCCAACAGGAGGUUGCUCUGAUGCUCAGUGUGGAUGCAGGCAGGCCGACUCUCGAGGCUUUCACGGAGGCGAUGCUCAGGCGCGAGGCUGCUCGACGAGCGCUCCUGCGGCGCGGCGAUCCUUGGCUCGAGCGCGCAGCGGCGAAGGGGAGCGAAGACGCUGGACGCUCCCCUUUCCCCCCCCCAGCAGACGCUGCAGCAGCAGCAGCAGUCGCCGCAGCAGCAGCAGCAGCAGUCGCCGCAGCAGCAGCACAGCAGCAGCAGCAGCAGCAGCGGCGGCAGCGGUCUGCAGCAGCUGCAGCAGCAGCAGCAGCAGCAGCUGCUGCUGCAGCUUCAGCAGCUGCAGCUGCUGCAGCCGCCUGUUUUGAAGAACUAGAUGCGCGCGCUCGGCGUUUGCUGCAGAAGCUUCGCGCAUAUCCGCCUCUGAGUUUAGGAGCCUCUCGAGAAGUCGGAAUGCCGUGGAUCUCCCCGACGACUCCCACAGCCUCCCAGAGAGAGGCCCUUUGCCUCAUGGAGCAGUUGUGGGUGUGCAUGCAGCUGCGGGGGGGAGCCGUCUCAGCGGCGGCAGCAGCUGCUGCCGCCGCGACAGCGCGCAUUGCAGUCAGUGAGGCGGUGCUGAGCACGGGCCUGAGACACGGAUGCCUCCGAGAAGUGCUGCUGCUGCUGCUUCUGUGUUUGGCGACGCUGCAGCAGAAGCAGCAGCAGAGCCAGCUCGAGGGGGAGGGAUGCGAGACUCAGGGAGCCUCUCUGCCUCCGAUCUCCAGAGGAGCAGCGAGAAGCCUCCAGGGAGUCUCGGCGGGAGGCGCUGCCAUCGAGGAGGGAGUCAUUUUUUCUUCUGUGGCAGCAGAGGGGGCGGCGUGGGGGGAUGCCGCUCUAGAGGAGCUUCAGGUGCUGUCGCUUUUGAGAGACUUUUCUUGGUCUGCGCGAGUGUACGAAGGCGCUGCGUGUGCAGGAGCGACGGCAGCGGCUUACGCGACGCCACUCGCAGCAGCAGCAGCGGCGCCUAGGGGACUGGGGAGUCUCGCUGUGACUUCUGACUCUCGAGUUGUCUCGUGGAGAUCUCCGCGCGUUUCGGCAGCGCAAGGGUUUGGUCGGGAGAGCGACCAGCAGCAGCGCCACCUGCUCACGCAGCAGCAGCAGCGCCACCUCCUCACGCAGCAGCUACAGCGGGAUGCGGAGACGCUACAACUGCAUGCAGCCCCCUUCGUGAUCCCGGCGUGGAGCGGCAUUCGGCUGCGCGAUAUUCCCAGAAACGCCUUUUGCUGCAUUCGGCUGCUGCAGGACCAACAGCAGACGCGUCUCUCCUACAUGAGUCUGCCGCGAGGCAGCUCGUUCGAGGAUCUCGAGUGUAUCGACAGCGUCGCUCCAACGGAGCCAGGCCUAACGGAUCACGCGCAUGUGCGCGCAGCCUUGUGGCUCGCAGACGGCUGUGGUUGGAGACUGCCUCUCUCGGUGCGCGAUGGGGUGAUGGGACUGACUUGCGAAGAGACGCUCUCCUCGACGCUUGUCUUGCUGCAGCAGCAGCCGCGGGAGCUGCAGCGACUGCGAGACUUGGCUCCCCCCCUGCUGCCUGCUGGAGCCGGAUCGCACACCUGUCAGCGCCGUUGGCACGCAGUCGGAUCGCCUGUCUCCCCUGGAGGCUCUUGGGAAGGCUCCGGAGACGUAGCCUCCCCGAUGCAUGCAUCCGCUGCAGGCAGCAGCGGCAGCGCAGCAAGUCGCGGCUCAGGUCGGAGGGAAGACUGCUUCGCCGUCGGAGAAACCAAGGAAUGGGUGUGGGAGGGAAUCCACAUAUGCCAGCUGCGACUGUCUGAGACGCUGACAGCUGCUGCGAAAGUGGAGGGUACUGCCCCCCCUCCGCAUCCUUUGCAUGCUUUCCAAGUGGGCGUGGCUCUUACAGAUGCGUACGGAGUCGUGUAUGCUGUAGAGGAGGGGGCUGCGGCAGGCGUCUCCCCAGCCAAACUGUCGUCAGCAGCGGCAGUAGGAGCGCCGCCUCGUUCAAAUGGCGUGCAUGCAUCGGCGUGCUGCCACCGCAUGCAUACAGCCCCCCACACCAAAUGCCUUCGCCGCUGUGGCGUUCUGGAGGGGCCCCUUGUGAACGUUGCUGGCUGUUGUGCCAUCAGCAGCAGCGGAGCGACGUGGGGAGGCGUAGCCCACCAUCACGCCUCCGAGGCAGCAGAGAACUUGGGAGGUGCAGAAAUGCAAGCAGCAACAGCAGCAGCAGCAGCAGCAGCAGCAGCACGAGGCACGGGGGCUGCUGUGGCUGAGCCACGAUGCUGCAGUCGCGAAAGCGGCACUCGCUCACGUUUGGAGAUGGCUUUAGGGGGAGGUGAAAUUGGAGGCGGGCAGAGGAGUUGGAUCAUUACACUGAUUUUAGAUGCAAAUCAAGGCAGUCUCUUCUUCUUUGUAGAAGGUCGUAAGGUGCAUGCGUGUCACUGCCUCCCAGUGCUUCCGGCGUCUCUGCGCGGUUCUCCGAGGAGCUGCUCUUUAGGAUAUCGAUUUUGUGUGGCGUUAUCUUCUCCAGCACAGUCUGCAGCCCUCGUUGCGUUGCCUGCACUGGGGGGGAGAGAGCUUCGGCAGCUGGUGGUACAGCAGCUGCAGCAUCGGAGCACCGAGUUUUUGUAUGUUCGGAAUGCGGCUGCGCAUCCAGUGACUUUGCUCGCCGUUGUGGCAUCGGCACUGGUGCGACUAGCUGAGGGAGCAAGGCUUACUUUGCAGCAGCGAGAAGCUGCCGACAGCGUCUGCUCGCAGCGGCAGCUGCAAGAGCAGCUGCAGCACCAGCAAAGUCGUCGACAGAGUGCCUUAGGCAGCGGCAGCGCCAGCCUAAUGGAGAGACAAGCCUUUAUUCUGCAGCCUGACGCUGCUGCCUUGUGGCUGCUGUACGCCUGUAUCACGGCGUGCAUGCACACGCUGCAGCAGCAGCAGCUUGUGCGCAUGCAGCUGCAGCAGCAGCUGCAAAAAAAACAGAAAAAGCAGCGGAAAAAGCAGGAGAAAAAACAGCAGCAGCAGAUGCAGAUGCCGUUCGCGGCGGGGGGUCGGCUUGCGCCAGGGGGCUUGGCAGCGACUGCAGCUGCAGCCCAGGCUACAGAGAGUUGUUUGCUUGCUGCGUCAGUGUCUUUGUUGCGACUCUGGAGCCUUUUGCUUCCUGGAGUCGCUGCAGCAGCCGCUUCUCCCCGCUUCGCAGUCGGUGCAGGAUCCACGUAUGCAGCGUCUGCUGCAGCGGCAGCUCUGAAUGCACGAGAAUGGCUAGCCGAGGAGGCGUCUCCCCUCAAGUCUGUGAUGGCAGAAGCGGAGGCUGCAACGCCUCUGCUGCCUCCUGUGCCUGCCGUUGCAGAAUGCCUUGCGCACAGAGACAGUCACGCGAUGUUGUUAUGCUGCAGUCGCGCCGAAAACCACCCCACUCGUGCUGAGAACGGCAGCGACGGCUGCGCGAAUUGCCGCUGGGGGAAAUUCCUGGAUUUCAAGCAGCCACUGUCGUAUCCGUGGCGCAUGCAGCUCAGAGCUGCAUGCAUUGCAGCUGCAUGCAGCACUCGCUUGGUUGCUCUCCGACUGCUGCCCUCUGCAGGCUUGCUGCCUUUCGCAGGGGGAUCUGCAGCUGCCGCAGCGGCUGUAGCGACAGCUCGAACAGCGGCUCUCUCCGCUGCUAAGACGAGUGCAGACGUCAAGCCCUCUAGACGUGCUCUGGAGUGGGAAGACGAAGUCACAAACGGCAGCCAACGCGCAGGUGUCUCUACAGCAGCGGCUGCCGCUUUCUCAGAAACGCUGCCCCUCGUGCUGCAGUGUCUCGACAGCUUGGCCUCCGUCCUCGAAUCACCACCACCGACCACGUCACAGCAUUUCACGUAUCCUUCUCAAGUUGAUCCUGCGACAAUUGUAGCGUUGGGAACCAUCGCCUCCAAGGCACUCCACACAUUUGCCGACUGCAGUUUCUCCGCAGUAGCCGCUGCUCACUGCCCAGCGCCGUUGCUUUUGCAGCUGCAGCAGCUGCUCCUGCGCUUCAGUGUACCACCACCGCCCCCAGUGGCAGCAGCGUUUGGCUUCGAGGACGCCUCCUCUUCCUCGCUGCUUCGCAGCGGCAGCAUCUCCCCCGACAAGCACUACCCAGGCACUCCGACGGCAACGAAUGAAAAAGGCAAAGAGGCGGAGAAGGCACACGCUACUGAAUUUAUUUCCCUAGGCUCAGCACAUGGAGAUCGUGUCGUAGCAGUCUCCCAUUUCGCAAGCCUCGCGUUGCGCGCCUUGAGGAGACUGCUGCUUCAGCAGUUCGCAGGUGUGCGACGUGGCAUGCUGCAUGCAGUGGAAGAGACUGUGCUCAUUUGUCGCUGGCAGGGAGGCAGGAGAAUGCAGCACAAGACGGCUCCCGAAAGAGCGCGAGGCAGCAGCAGCAGCACGUCGCCUCCUGUCAGAGUGCGUCGACACGUGGCUGCUGCUGCAGCAACGCCUGCGUCAACAGCAUCGCAAGCACAGCCUUUUGAGCCGUCUUUCGAGGUUUCUUCGGAGGGCAGCAGUGACGAAGGGGGGAGGGCUCUAGAGGCUCCCAGUCGUCGCGUCUCAGAAGGCGGAGAAAGAGAAGGAGAGCAGCAGCCACAACAGGCUCGUGCUGAAGGAGCCAGUGCUGGAGCGGAAGCAGCAGGAGGAAUGGGAAGAAGCCUGACGUAUCCUACCGAUUCAAGUCUGAGAGCGAAGGUUCACGAUCGUUUGUUGCUGCUUUCGCAGUCCAUCGCCGCUUUGUUUUCUGCAAUGGAAGCCUUUUCCACCCCAAGGAGCAAGCCAGAGCGAGGCUCCCUCAUGCGAAUGCCUUAUCGCCAUCUCCGUCAAGUGGUGUCGCUCGUGCUGCUGCAGCUGCAGCUCAUGAUACGCUUCCGGCGCCACUCGCUUCUCGACGCGUUGCAUCUGUAUAUGAAAAAGGCCCCCCCGGGGGGCCCCCCGGGGGCCCCCACGUCGGAGGCUCCCAGCGUGCGGGUGGCACUGCUGCUGCACGAGUUGGAUGCCUUUUUUCUGCGCGUGCUGCCUCGACUCAUGAUUCUUCAGGGGGCCCUCUGCUGCCCCCUCCCGGGAAGCCCCCCUGUGGCUAGAGAUGCUUUCUCAUCCUGCAAGCGCGAGAUGAGAAAGCAUCUCCUAGGCAGCAGCAGAAGCAGCAGCGGCAGUGCGGGGAGGCGCAUCCUCGCAGAGGCAGCGCACGCCGAGGUGGCGUCCGCUGCAGGAGCAGGAGAAAACGGCAGCGCAGACGCGCCUCUGGAAGCUUCUUUCUCGGGGAAUGAAUACAGUCAAGAGAGCAGAGAGGAGGUGGCCGUUUACGUCCUCGAGACACCGCACCCCACAGUGCCCUUUGAUCCUCAGCGUUUCGUCAUUGACUUCGCGUGCCGCUGGCCAAAGGCGGAAAUUUUUCCUGCAUCUUCUUCUUCGUUUUCUGCUGCUGGUAGUGCCGUCAGUGGUUGUGGUGGGGCAGGAGUCACCUCAGGCUCCUUAGGUGGCACUCAGGCACGCAGCAGCAGACGCACCGUUGGAGGAGGGAGUGGGACGGCUGUUUCGAAUACAGGAGACGAAGAUGCAACAAGCCGCAGUCAGGGAGCAUCUCCUAGAGCAGCGAAGUCGGCAGGCAACGCUUGUUGGAUGCCAAGCGAGGGGGGACCACCUCCCCCGAUCGCAAGGCGUGUCAGAGUGCAGAUAGAUCAGAGAAGCUUUCCUGCAGCACAGAAGGGCGAAGUUGUCAUCAAGGCAUGGACUGCUCAUGGUCUGAAGUCUCAGAGGCUGCGCGAAGGCAUGCCUACCCGCUUUCGCUUCAAAGACGUCAAGAAACUAGAGGUCUUUGUGAGUCUGCAUCCAAAGGGAGGCGACUGGGGUUUGCGGCUUGUAGUAGCGGCAUCGCGUCAUCGUUUGCUUUUUGAAGCCUCAGCUGCUUCGCAACUGCAGCUGGCCUCUGCAGACACAGCGACUGCUUUGCUCCUGCAUCUUGCAGACGAUUUAAGCCCCUUGCGCCCAUGGAUUGGGCGAGGCAGCUGUCAGAAAGAUGCAGAUUCUUUGCAGCAGCUCGCGGGGAAGGAGUUUUUUCAGACUGUCAGAGCGCUUGCCUCGCUUCUCCAGACAGGCUUUGCUCGCUUGCAGCCUGCAGAGCUUUGGUGUGCGCAUGCAGCGACUCCUAUGGCCUCUGCCACAGCGCAUGCAACGCGGCUUCUCCCCAAUCACGGCUCUCCAAACACCGCAAUGCCUUGCGUCAGCGUCCCCUGGUCAGCAGCACGCCCAGCGCUUGCUGCAACAGAUGCAGAACUGCAGCAGCUGCAACAGCAACAGCUUCUUUGCGCCGAGCAGCAACAACUGCAACUUCUUGGCCUUGCAGCAACUACGGCUGAAGGGAGGCGGCAACUCGCUGAGGAUCGCAGCAGCCUCGACUUGUUCGCUCGAUCAGCGAAAUCUCCUGGAGAUGUACUUGCUGAAUUCAUCAGCGCAGAGUCUCUGCGCAUGCGUCAAGCGGAGGCGCUUCUCGCGGAGCACUUGCCAUACCGUCUUCGCCAGCAGAUGCCUCCACUGCUGCCUGGCCCCUUUUUAAGGAUGCGAUGGAUGGAACGAGCAGUAUUUGCUGUCCACUUGUGGGCGAUUCCUUCGCUUUAUGAGAUCUUCGAAGCGUUUGUUAUCUCCCUAGAGCAGCAACAACACCAGCAGCAGCAACAACACCACCACCAACAACAACCGCGCCCACUCCUACUAGUAGCCUUGUGGCAUCACGCAGCUCAACUUGCGAGGCGUCAUUUGCAUGCGAAGGCACAGCACAGCAUCGGGCAGGGGGGGGAACGCGCACGCAAAAAUCCGCAGCUUUAUUUUAGUGCUGCUAGAGUUAUUGAGACAGCCCUCAUUGCCGUUCGUGCGAUCGACAUACACAGCGCCUAUUAUCUUGAAAUGCAGCUGCAGGAGCAGGACGCUGUAUCUCUCGUUGUUGCUUCUGUCACUGCAGCAGAAGCAGCAGCAAAAGCCAGCGCAGAAGCGAAAAGCAGCGUCGAUGCAGCGCUCGACGGGCAGCAGCUGUCUCUGAGGCAUAUUUUCGCUGCGCUGACAGAAAAGCUGAAGCAGCACCCCCCUUUGCGAGCUGCACUCCGUCUGAUUCUCGGAGAUGUCGACCCCAUCGCCUUUCGAACUGCCUUGGAAUUGCUGCAAGGGAUGAGUUUGCGCGUGGAAGUUGCAGCACAAGGUCUGGCACUUCUGCUGCAGCGUCUGCAGCCUUCGCGCACGAAUUCCACGAGUCUCUCAACUGCAGACAGUGCGUCGUCGUUGCAUAAUGCGACGCGCCUCUUGGAGUAUCCUGGAAAUCCAGAUCUCACCUGCCUUGUCGUCGAUUCGAUAUGGAGACUGCUGCGUGUCUUACAAAGCUGCGCGACUGCCUUCCUAGGGAACUCUUCCACGCCCAUGCUGCCUGCUCCAUUUGUUGCCUCCGAACUGCACAGGUGCCUUGUGACGGAUUACGAGCUGGCGUGUCGCCCAUUGCUGGCAUUUUUGUUCGAAGGCGCCUUGAUAUCUCCUGCUUUGACAGCGCAGCAUUCUAUCCAGCAGCUGCAGCAACAAGGGCAGCAUCAGCAGCUCUUCCCCGUCGUUCCUUCCCUCAUUCGCAUGCUUUUGCAAGACUGGCGAGGUUGCUUUGGGGGGUGCACUGCACUUCGUGGUCUUUGUGCCCUUUGUGUCUCCUUGGCAAGGCACCUGUGGGAGUCUCCCAAUGCGGCAGCAGCGCAGUCACUCCGCAGUGUUGGGGUGGAUGUGCAUGCGCUGACAGCUUCCAUGGCUGUGCUAAGCAGAUCGUGGCUCAUCCCUUGUUUGCUGUACUGCAUCUUGUUGACGCUGCGGUCGAGUUGGGGGCAGCUCGUACGGCAGCAGCAGCAGCACAUUGUACAGCACCAACAGAUGAAAGCACACCAACAUAGCAUGCAGCCACACCAACAUAGCAUGCAGCCACACCAGCAACAGCAGCAGCAGCAGCUCGAAAGCUGUGGUGUCUGUGCAGCUGGGCAUAGAGCCUCUCUGCAGGGGGCAGUGGCGGCUGCUGCCGAGGAUCUUUCAAGUGUGACACGUUGUUGCGUGUCUGUGUUGCGAUUAGCUGGCGGCGCGCUUCAGCGGCUGCUUCGCUGGCAGUCUGAGCUUGUUGCGCGGGAGGCAAUUGCGAGUGCAGCUCCCCACGUUUCCACGAGUCUUGACAGACUUUGUCUAGGGGGGGGGGGGCCCCCCCAAGACAAAAAACUGCGACGCAGGGGGGGGGGGCCCCCCCUCCCGGAGGUUUGCCCCACAGAGGCGUUGGUGGACGUUGCAGUUCUUUUUCUGCCAGCCUCUCGGAAUGAGGAUGGUGAUGCAGCAGCAGCUGCUGCUGCAGUAGACGCAGCGCGUCGGAAGUGCGGCAGCAGCAGCGUUUCCGGCUUGGGUGGCUGGUCGGAGGGGCCGUUGUGGGAGGAAAUUUCUGCAUGCUCAGACGGCGCUCCUGGCAGCUUCCCCUGCUCCGCGACGUCUGCGCGUCUGCUGCAGCAGCACUUCAAGCGAUCGCAGCGCAGACUGCUGAGGACGGCGCGAGGCUCUUGCUUCGUGGAGGUGUGGAUUCGGAGUGUGGGAAGAGCGCUGUCGGAGCUGUCGAAUGAGGCGCUCAGCACUGCUGCGAGCACCGGCAGCAGCGUUUGCAGCGGCAGCACCGCUUGCAACAGCGGCAGCAACGGCAGACGCAGGCGCACGCCGGUGUCGCUGGGGAUCGUCGAUUUAUGGGGUGCUCCAGACGCAGCUGCGUGCCUCACGCUGCCUGAGGAGCAGAGCUUCCGUGUGCCUCCCCAGCCAGCACCUGGCGAGUCUGACGAGGAGGAAGCCUUCGAGAAGAAUGCAGCGUCCUCCUCGGCAGCUGCUGCAGCCAGAGGCAGACGCAAGAGUUCACAGUGCGUAGAGGCGACUCUCGUCGAUGCGGCAACAGCGACAGGCUCGGGCAGGGAGACGCUCUUGACAUUCUACUUGCGCCGCUAUCCUGCGCUGCAAAAGACACCUCCACGACCACUUCUGCGGUUAGAAGUGCCCCCUCCAGAGGCUUUUUGGGAAGCUGCAGAGAUCGCGAGCUCCUGUCGCUGCAAUUUCAAGAAAUCUACCGACAACGAGAUGCCAGAUAUGUCACAGUUUCAGUCUCAUUCUCAGUCCCAGCAGUCUCAGUCUCAGCAGUCUCAGUCUCAUUCUCAGUCUCAGCAAAAGUCGGGGUGCUCGUGCAGUUGUGGGCGUCUCUUUUUCUUGGAAGGCGAACGACCUCCUGCUGGCUUUGUACCCCCUGGCAUGCGAGUCGCAGCUGCCGUUCACGUUGCAUUCGGAGAACUAGAGGCGCUGUCGCUUGCUCGAGAGAGAAGAGAUAGGUUCCCCAUCCUCGCGCUGUAUGGGGAGCUGCAGCAUCCCUCCCCUCGCGUGCUUCACGCUGCACUUCGGCGUAGUGUGAGAGCAGCUGCUGGCUCCCGAUGGCGAGUUGUUGCAUCCUCUGAAGGCGCCUCUCCUCUGGGAACGCAUCAUGGGGAGGCUCAGCUGCGACUGCGAGCGCAGCUGCAAGUGGCAAGGGAGGCUGGAGAGGCUCUUGACGUGCAGCGACGCUGGCUUGCAGCCAUCGCUAGCUGUGCAGAUAAGCUGUGGCUAGUGCAUCGUGCUUGUCUUGCAGCCUGUGGCUCAGCUGUAGCGCCCGUGGAUUGGGAAUUCAUUCUGAAGUCGCAUGCAGGAGAUGUAUCGAGUGGCAGCAAUGCGUCAAAUGCAGUGUCAAAUGCAGUGUCAAGCGCAGCGUCGAAUGCAGCUCCUGGGGGAGGUGGUGAGAGUCGCGGGUGCAUGAACGGCAGCUGUUGUGGCAAGGAGGCACAGAGUCUUUCUCCGCUGCUGCAGGCAGCAGCUGCUGAUAUGCUGAGACUCCUGCAGUGGGCUUUACCGCAUCUCGAGCAUCACGCAGCAGCGUCGCAGGAGCAGGAAAGUCUUGCUAGUCGUGCAUUUUUGCAGACUGCAGAUGUUUAUCCGGCUGUGGCAGGAGGGUUGUUUCCCCUCCCUGCGAGCGCGACGCAGCAGCGCGUCUCCGCUGCUGCUCAGCUUCUCGAUCUUUUGAGUAUUGCCUCGCCUUCCCCAGCGCAGACUCCGGCUGCCAAGGCUACGGCUGCAGCUGGAGCUCCCGCGUGUGCAUCGUUUUCAGCGCGUCGAAUCCAGAGUGCUGCAGACGCGUAUUUACACCUCACUCCAACUCUGCAGCAGCAGAGAACGUUGAUGGGGGGGAGAGCUCCUCACGAGACUGGAGCUGGUACUGCGCUGCUCACCGACAUGGUGUGGCACUGCAUUCUGCCUUCUCCGCAGCGGCAGGCUCACGACAAGAGGAGGCUGCGUUGCAGCGUCAGCCUCGUGCCUUCUCUGUGUGUGACUGCCGAGAUGAUUGCCAUCGGAGUGACGCAGCAGCUGCUCCGUUGGAUGCUGCAGCACACGCAGCGACGCGCAUUUGGCGUGUGGAUGCUGCAUGCACAGCGCAGCGAGCUGCUGCAGCGGCUUGUUGCGGCUGCAUGCUGCGGGAGACCUCUUCUUGGACGGCUGACACUCCGUCUUCUACAUGCUGCAGUUGUUGCUGCAUCGCAGCCUUGCCACGGCUGUAAACGCAGCAGCAAGCGCGCGUGCGAGGCACUUGUGGUGGCAGCCUCCGCGGCGCCUCUCCUGCCAACUCCUCCCUGCUGGCUGCUCUGCUCAGCUACUGGCUUGGGAGUGCUACAGGAGGAUCGCGUGCAGCACUAUCCUGCAAGACACGCGGCUGUCGCAGACUGCUUUCUUAAACCUUGGGAAGAAGGCAUUUAUCUGCGCUACGUGCUGCUAAGAGCAGCUUUCCCCAUCGACAUCGAGGCUCCCACAUGGUGGCGUUUAGAGAUUACAAUUCCUAAUGCUGAAUUCGAGAUCUUAGCCUUAACAGGAUACGAUGUGCGGCGCCUAUGCAGAGGUCAGCAGCUUCCAUCUUCCCACAAAGGCGCUCAAUUACUGCGCUUCGAGACAUUUACUUCCACAGAUGCCGAAGGGUCGCGUCUGAAGCUUAGGUGUGCAGGGAGUUCGCUCCAGCAGCAUCUCGCCUCACUGCACGGUCCGUCUGGCUUUCAGCCGCCUUAUUCAGCAUCCUCGACACAGACGUUUUCGCCAAUUCAGAUGUACCCAGGAGUGCUGGAUGUCGUGGCUCUGCCGAUUCCAAGAAAGGGAGUUCUCAAGCUGGCAACCCUGCAGCGUUCUUUGAAGUCUGCGCGUUUGUCAGUUCCGCAUGCAAUUCUUCACAGAGGCGCCUUCCGUUCUUCGAACUCGUCGAUGGCUACUGCUGCUCCAACAGCCUCCUCUUCCUCCUCCGCAUGCACUGCGACAGCAGAGCGCUUCACCCCUGCGCUGGAUCCCAUGCGGCAUCUGCAUCUCUGCAUCCUCACACUCCAGCCCUUUGCAGACGGCAUCUCCCUGUUCGCUCAUCGGAAAUCUGAGACUGUCUGCAAAGCCAUCAAGAGACGCCAGACGCUCAUCGAUCUCCUUGCUCCGCAAGCCACUCCCACCAACAGCAAGGGCCGUCUCUCGACAGACGCUGAAGGAUUUCUCCCUGUGCCUCUCCACAGACUUCCCAUGAGAGAACCUUGCAACUUUCUCGACGCAUCUCAGCAUGAGCAACAGCAGCAGCAACAGCAGCAGCAACAGCAACAGCAGGGAGCAGAAGCGCACGCAGCAGCAGCAGCUCACGUAAAGGACUUGCAGCAUUUGCUGCAGUGGCGCUGGGCAGCUUUGUUUGGUGAUUGGGAGUUACAGGCGCAAAGCGUGAAACUUCGACGUGCUCUGUUGCUGCAAGACAUUCGCUCCAAUGCAUCCAGCACGCGAGGGGUCCACCUGCCUCACCCGCAGGCUCCCGUAUCGGCUGCAGACGCUUUGGCAGUGAUGCAUGCAGCGGGGGGAGGAGGCUUGCUAGCGUCUCUCCUGCAGCAGCUCCAAGCGUCUGUUGAUGCUGUGGCAGCCUAUUCUAGCAGCUUCCGUUCACAGCCACUCCCCGUUCGCGAGCUGCAGUGCGCGUGGAGCACUCCCUCCACUCCCCCCACCCCUGCAGAUUCGCGUGUCUUUCAUUUCCUGCAUUGGGAGACGAAUGAGGGCGCGUUGCAGAGACUGAGAGCAGCAGCAUCGCGCAUCCAGGCUGUGCUGCGUGUGCUGUCACUGAAGACGGGAAAUGCAGCGCAACCUCCCCAUCUCAUGUUGCAAGAAUUGACAGGUACCUCUCCUCCCUCUUUCGCUUCGCAGCAGACGUGGCGACAAGGCGGAGGCUUGGCGCAGCACCAACAACAACAACAGCUGAAGGCAGCAGAUAGCACCAAACCUACUGGCUUUUCCUCUUGGGCGACACCCUCAGUGCUGACAGAUUACUGGGAAGAAGUGUGGGAGCUUCACGAUCACGCAGAAAGCCUUCACAACCUUUGGCGUUCUCUGCUCUUCCCGGCAGUUGCUACUCAGGAGCUUUCACCUUCUCGGCGGCGAAGUGUAAACGAUGGAUGCGACGACGACGCUGCUGCUGGAGCUGCUCCUGAUGCUUGUGCUGGAGCAGCUCCAGCAGCUCCAGCAGCACUGAGCGGCAGCUCCUUCUCCUCCUCGCAGCAGCAGCAGCAGCAGGAGGAGCUGGCUCCUACCCUCGAAGAGGCAGAGGAAGACGUCUUCGUGCACUGUCUGCUGCAGCAGCUUCCGCCCCCCGCAGCAUCGGCUCUCGUCACGUUCCUGCUGCGCAUCUUCGAGAGACUUCUGGAGGUGUGCAGGGAAAGAGGCGAUGUCUCCGUUGGCGCAGCAGACACCCCGCAGCAUGCAGCGAGCAGCGAAGCCAGAAUCCUCCGUCUCAGCCUUCUCGGAGAUGUAAUGCUCGUUCUUGGUGCCGUGUCUGCAGCAGCAGAUGUGGCGAGGCAGCAGCUCCCCCCCUCCCCCGUAUGUACAGUCCAACAGCAGGAAGAGGCGAGAGUCGCAGCACCCAUACGCCUCGACAAUGCGAUGCUGAUCCCCUUGAAUGCAGCCGAAAGCGAAGCCUUCCACUCCAUCUCCUUGCUGCUGCAGGAAGUAUCGCCGCUCGUCUCAUGUGCCCUCCCCCUCCUUGCAGCAGCUCCCACAGCAGCAGCUGCUGCUGCUGCUGCAGCCAAAGCUGGCGCUAAAGCUUCUGCCUGCUCAGCCUCCGCUGCGCGACGCACUGGCAGCAACGCGGGAGCUGCAGGGAACGGCUUGCAGCUGAAAGCUUGCUGCGACGGAAACGUCACCUUACACAGACAGCUGAGUGACACUGCCCAGCUUCUCGGCACAAAAGCCGAUGUUUUCUUCUCCCUCCUCCGUCUGCUGCCAUCCGCUGCUCGCGCGUCGCUCCAUCCAAACGCUGCUGCCAGAGCACUGCCACCUCCAGCAUCUCCUGCUGCUGCUGCAGCAUCUCCUGCUGCUGCUGCAGCAUCUCCUGCUGCUGCUGCAGCAUCUCCUGCUGCUGCUGCGACGGCAUCUGUGCCUGAUCGAAGCCGUCAAAAGUUUCAGCCCCUUGUUCGCGUUUCUCUCUUGCUUCGCCUUUUGGUCCAGUGGGGUUUCCUCACGCUUCCAGCGAAAGACGAAGAGUCGAAGCGCUUGCUGCAUUUGAUCUACAGCCUUGCUGCAUCCAGGAGGGAGGCUGCCUGCCUUGCAGAAGCUGCCGCUGCGGCUACAAGCUGGCGCAGCUGCCCAGAAUGCUCGUUGACGUGGUCGCAUGUUUGCCGCGUUGCUGCGCAUCUUCCCCCACACCUGCUGCAGCAGCAGCAAGGAUCUGCAGGAGCAGCGGCAAGAUGCCAAGCUCUGAAGCGGCUCUUGCAUCAAGUAGCCUGUACUGCGGCAGCUGGACGUCAUGCAGCCUGUGCGGCUGCAGUUCUUUCGCUGAAAAAAGCCUCCGCGCGAGGCACUGCUCCCGCUGGAACGGCUAGCGAAGGCGCAGCAGCAGCAGCAGCUGCUGCUGCUGCCGCCGCUUCCUUAGCUGGCGAUAGCAGAUCAGUAGAGGACGCUUGGAUCCUGGAGUCUUCGGGGAAGGGCAGAGACUACGAAGCUUUCGACGACUCUCUCCUCGCGGCAGGAGGCGCGAAAGCGGAGGGAGGGGGGGAAUUCUGCAGCAGCAGCAGCAGCAGCACUGCUGCUGCUGCAGAAUCCUUUGGGGCUGCGGUGUCUAGACACCCCCCUGCCUUUAAAGGCCAUGUCAACACGGGCGCCUUGGAGCAGCAAUUUCUUCUGCCGCGAUGCUGCGCCAGCUGCUGCAACGCUCCAAGAAGGCGAGGAGCUGCGGCGUUUAUAUCGCCACUGCAGGCGGCAGGCACAGCAGGUACUUCUCCCAGCCUGUCACAGUCUCCUGACAGCACUGGACGUCUCCGUCGCUCCGUGCAGCACCCGCUUCUGCCCGUCUGGGAGGGCAGCAGCGACGGCGAGAGCGACGCGGAUUUCCCGCACGAUGCGCAGCCUCCUCCGCAGCAGCACUUGCAGCACUUGCUGCAGCGAGAAUGGCGAAGGGGCGAUGUCGACGCUGACUCGCUGGAAAGCUGGAGCGAUCGAGCGUCAGACGGAGCACGCCGCUCCGACAGGCAGCAGCUCGAGCAGCAGCAGCACCACCAGCAACAGAGGGUGGUGGUCGCUCUUGUGCGCAGACAGCGGACUGCUGCUGCUGCGUCGGCUUCCACGCAGCAGCAGCGGGCAGAGGGGGGGGCAUCUCUGAGCUCCGAGGAGGAAGAGGAAGACGAAGACGAAGAUGAAGAUGGCAACGAAGAAGAUCUCACAGGCAAUGCCGAAGACGAUGCACACUCUCUUGGCGAGACAGACGUUGAACUCGUUCUGCCGAUCAGCGCGCACGAUUCUUGGGGAGAAGGAGGAGCUGUGCAUCUGGGCGGGCAGGAUGCAUUGACGUUGCUGCGACUCUUUCGCGGCGUUCUCGACGGAAAUCAGAACGCAAAUAGCAGCAGCAGCAGCAACAGCAACCCCAACAGCAGCAGCAGCAGCAGCAGCGCGCGUUUGCUGCGAGUCGUUGGCAUUCGCCGAACGCUCAGGAGGCCUCUUAUCCCGAGCAGCAGGAGCAGCAGCAGCAGCAGCAGCAGCAGCCACAACAGCAGCAACAGCAGCAGCAGCAGCAGCGAUCUUGGCAGCACGCGAUUUGCUGGGAGGGGCAGUGCGCAGCGCCGAGACUUCCCGCCAACUGCAGCGGGGGCAGGCAGUUUGUGGGAUCUUGCCUUGGCGAGGCGAACGAGAAGGGCUGGAAAUCACAGCGUCAUUUAUGAGGAAACCUUCAGCGCAGGAGAAACUGUGUCUGAUCAGGAGGCUGCAUCUGGCUGGCGAUCGGAGCUUUUCCCCCUUUCUGUAAGGCGAGACAGCUGCAGCGGUAGUGGCAGUUGCGAUCUCUGUGGCAGGGUGCUUCGAAGGAGCUCAGCUCCUAGGAAGCCUCGAGGCAGACUGACAGCAGCAGGAGAAGACGCUCCCGCAAUCGCUGCCACGGGCACAAGACUUCCAUCUGAGGAGACAGCAGAAGAAGGUUUAGAAGGGGGGGAGAGUAGGGCUAUGACGCCUUCAGAGCCGCUGCGUCGGGCUCUUAGCGAUACGGAGUUUAUCAUGCAUCGAGCCGCAGUUAUGCAAGCAAAGAGGCAUCCUCCCUGUCAUCACGACCACCAUCAUCUUCACCAUCGCCUUCAUCAUCACGAUCUGCAUUCUUCCUCCCUCCACGAUCGACGGCAGUCUGCGCUGCCUCUCCGCAGACACACUGGCGAUUGCACGUGCUCCUCGCCUAGCUGCCGGCUCCUCACAAGCGCCACUUCGCGCCUUUGCAAGCUGCUGCUCAGACACCACUCGGAGGGGGGCGAGUCGGUGCGAAACAUGCGUGAGCUGCCCCUCUCGCUCUCCUCCGGUGUCGUCACAUACGGGGAGGCAGCAUUCAGCAGAGAGCCGCGAGGGGGCCCUUCCGCACAAUUGCAAGUUCGCUGCCCUCGAUGUGGAAGAAAACUUUGCGGUGUACGUCCACCUGAGGCAGAAGGAAAGUGGCGAUGCGACGGGCUCAACAUGGAGGGUCGCUGCGUUGCUGGAUUGAUGGAGUUCAAAUCUUGGACGGGCGCACGUCGACACAGAUGCAAGUUAGAUGAUUUUGAUUACUGCGAGGCGUGUUACUUGUACAAGGCAGCUUUGAACCGCCGGAAGGCCAUAUGGAGUCUUGACGGUGCUCGCACGCUGCUGCUGCCUGAGGAUCCUCCGAGCAUUCGAGCAGGAGUAUUCGUUUGGCAGCAGCCUUCCCCUGCUCCUCGUCUUUCGCCGGCUGCAGUGUCGCCUUCGGUGUGUCAUGCGCGUGUCAGCGACGCCUCUGAGAAUACCUCCUCCGCCCCCUGUGGUACCAGCAGCCUUGACGCAGUUCCUCCUCCUCCUGCCAGUCUUUGGGAAGCCUUGAGAACCGACGCCUUACGCCCCUUGCUGCCUCCGGAAGAACGUUUCCAAGAGAUAGCGAGGGAGCAAGCGUCGCAUGCGUCUUCGCGCGAGGCUUCUGGCUUGCUGCUGUGGGAGCCGAGCUGCCUGCCCUCCACGGAAAGGAGCCCUGCCUCUAAUCCUGCAGUCAUUCAGUCGGUCGAAAUUCCAGUCGAGAUGACUCCCCUUAGUCGCCAGCACCUAAGCAGACUCGGCUGCACGCGGCUGCUUCCCUUGUUCUACAAAGAGUCAGAAACGCUGAGGAUCGAAGGCAUUAAAGAUCCCACUGCAAAGUUUCUCACGCUUAUCCUCAUCGCAGACGAGCACUAUUGGCCGCUUGCCUUGCAGUUUCGGCUGAAAGACGACGAGAAUUCAGCAAGCAGCAGUAGCAGCAGUAGCAGUAGCAGCAGCAGCAGUAGCAGCAGCACUGCUAAGGAUGGACAGCUCUUCCCCUCCUCAGACAGACUGCUGAUCAGCAGCUUCUCACGAGGCAAUUGGUCUGGCAAUGCCAACGCUGAGGAAGCACAGAGUCCGCCUUCUCCUUUUCUGACGCGUGUGUCUCGAGAGGAUCUCGAAGUUUCAGCAGAGAGCAGCAGCAGCAGCAGCAGCAGCAGCAGCAGCAGCAGCAGCAGCAGCAGCAGCAGGAUGCAGGGAGGCUUGCUUGACGAGGACAGAUGGUAUGUGGAUAUACACCGUGCGGCAGGAGGUGCCACCACUCAUCUUCGUUUCAAGGGGUCUAUAUGUGUGGAUGGACGUCUGACGUAUUGGAGUCUAGCGUCGCCUCUCUCUGCCUCAAGCCUGCCGCGGUAUGUCGCCGUUGGAGGAUCGAUGAGCGUCUCCGGAAAGGGCGCAGAGGCUGCUAUCCUUUUCCGCUCGCACCUUGCCAAGCAUCUGGAAGUGUUGCUCCCCGCUUCCCGAGCAGAGUUGGAGCGCUACGCGAGCGCCGAUCCGCGAUCCUUGCUGCGCCCUUUCCCCCCUCCCCACGCCUCCUGCACGGAUCCUUCGAAAGCGGCGCGGCAGCCAGAGCGGCAACAAGAGCAGCAAGUGCAGCGCGAAAUCGCGCUCGAGAGCACCUGCAACGAAGCCACGCGGAUCGCGAUGCAGCAGCAGCCGCUUCUCCAAGUGCUCUUGCCCGUGGAUGCCGUGCAGCGGCAAGAGCUCGCUGCUGCGACGAGGUGCAUGCAGUGGGAAGUUGGCUUGCAAGGGCAAAACUUUCUGCUGCAGCUGCUGCUGCAGCAUCCGCGUGUGGCGCUGCUGCUCUGGCCUCUGUUGAUACGCCUCAUUUCGCAUCUCGUUCGAGGGAGACCGUCUCUGAGGAGCGUUGUAGCAGAGGUGGUCGUGAGGAUUCUGCGUGUGGCAGACUCCGAAGGAAGCGAGAGCUGUCGCGAUGCGCCAGCCGCAGCACACCCCUCGCGCGCCACGCCUGCCCCCCUGUGGGGUUGCAUACCGCGAGCUCUCCCGCAUUUCUCUCUGGGAGCUGAGCUGUUGAUACACCUGCGCAGCUUCGCCCUCUUAGGCCUUAUGUCUGUGGGUUUGUUGGAUCUGCAUUUCGCCUUCGAGGCGGCAGCCUUCAAGGCGCUUGUCGAGUCUCGCGAGCGAGGCGAACUGCGUUCUCGAGACGCCGCCGGCGCGCGCAGCGACGACGAAGCCUGCACAGAAGAAGCCUCCUCUUCCACAGCUUCCGAAGCGUCUCGCCAGCUCCUCCGCGAGGUAGCCACAGAGCUGCUCCACUCACCACGCAGCAGCGGCAGGCAGCCUCAACCUCUGACUCUCCUGAUCGAGCGCAACGGCGAGAUGAGCGCACAAAUCCUCGACAGCAGCGCCUGCGAGCAGCAGCCUCUCGUAGCCGUCGACAAUCUCCGUCUCUCCAGACAAGGCUUCCUCAAUCCUGCGCGUCUUUUACGUGGGCUCGAACAAGAGUCACAGCAUCCCUACUCCCCAGUGCAGGCUCUUACUGGUAGUGUGCAAGCUUUCGUCUCCCCGUCUCCUCGACAUUGUCAUGCAGAGAAAAACUUUGUUGUUGCAGCAUCCCCUCUGUCGUGUGCAGACGAUCUUUCCCCCUAUUUCGCAUGGGCAAGAGGAUGCGUCCUACGCUUUUGCCGUCUCAACGCUACUCGAAUUGGUGAUUCUCUCCGCUUUUAUGCUCAUGGUGAUGCUCCUUGCGUCGCCGCCUACAGUGGAAGCUCGUCGAGGGUGUGGGGGAGGCCGUUGGUGCUUCCAGGCUUUGCGUUUGAUUAUUCUUUUUCUGCCUUUGGGAUGAAUUCUGAGUCUCCUCUUCUUCCGGAUCCAGCCUCUGCUAGCGAUGGUUCAGGGAUGUGGUUGGCACCGGAGUUGACAACGCCUCUUGUGACGUCUCCCGCCUCGCUUUUUGCUCCUUCUGCGGCUGUUGCGGCGGCGGCGACGAACCUCGCAGGCGAUGCCUCCGAAGGCAUGCAUGCAGCAGCGCAAGACUUUCAGACUGUCGGUGUGGAGGGGCGUCCAGGGGAGUGGGGAGGCUCUGCCGCUGUGGCUGCUGCUGUCGCUCGCGAGUCAGCGAUGAUCGCGGAGCACUACCUUCAGGAGCUGCAGCGUCGGGAGCAGCAGCAGCAGCGCCUGCCUAGCACCAGCGAUCGCAGCAGCAGCAACAACAGCGACACGAGCGUCAGCGUCAGCCCACGAAACAGCGGCAGCAGCUCUGCGAACAGCCGUGGGAGCAGCUGCGCGCGCGCGGGAGGCGCUAUCGAGCAGACGGCAGCAGGAGAUGCCAGCCUCUACGGCUGGAGAUUCUGCGUUUCUGCCGCAAACAGAACUGAACUCUUAGGCUAUUACGCUUGCCUAGGCCCCUCUCACUGUGGCACUGCCCCCUUCUCGCUCUCGCCUUUGUGUCGCAGCAGCAGCAGCAGCAGCAGCAUUAAUCCUUCCGCCGCAGCAGCUGCUGCUGCUGCGGCUGCAACGUCGGAUGGCGAAAUCGCGCAGCAUCAGCACUGCGUCUACGACACCCUUACGCAUGGGUUCACUCCUGUUCUCAGUGUAGCCCUCUUGCAGUGGAUGGUAGAAGAUCUGAGUCAGCAUCCAGACGUUUGCGCGGCUGUCGGAAAUCGCGCGAACGAGGCUGCCUCUGCUGCUGCAGCACUGAGCCUCGAAACAGCAGUCCACACCGCAGCAGCUGCUGCCGCCGCCGCUGACAAAACACACAAACACACACAAAAAUACUCCAGCCUCGCACUAGUCCCCGCAGCAGCAUACGACCCCUCCCUUCUUCUGGCAUUGUUGGGAGCAGCAGACGCUAUGGGAGGAGUCUCACCUUCUCCGCUUCAGACUACGGCACUCGCAGUAGCUCGGACGUUUGUAGAGUCUUUUGCAGCGUCUCCAGAGCUCCCCCUUUACUCUUCUCCCCCCCUUUCAGCUCCCCUGCUGCUGCCACAUUCCACCCUUCCUGCGCGAUCCUCCCUCGCAAUCCCCGUCGAGAAAGCAGCAGCCUUGCCGCCCUGUCGUCAAGUUGCCUCUCUGUGCCUCUGGCGAGUAGCCGAUCUCAUGAGCUCUAUCGAGAUACCCCUCGCAGUGGAGAAUUUAGCAGGCGGACUGCUCGCAGAGGGGGUGGAAGGCGGUCUUAUGUGGCGUGAACGCCUCGUUCGUCCUCAAGUGCCGCCGUGGCUGCCUGCGCCUCUGCUUUACGCCUCUCAAAUGCUCGCUGGGCUGCUCCUCGUGGCAGUCGAGGAGGAGGUGGAAGCAGCUCUCGCUCAGCUGGUCGAGCUGCGAGGCAAACCUUUUGCUCAGCGUCUCUUCCGCGGCGUCUCAAGCACUGCAGCAGCAAGUGCCCCUUCGCUUGCAGCCAAUGGCUGCUGCGAUGGAGAGGCUGUGUGGCACCGCAUGCACACUCCGCUGCACCGCGUGCUGCUUCUCUUAGGGAGGGAUGCCAACCGUCUGCAGCAACGCGCAAUGGCUUUCUCAGAGAGCUGCUUCGGCAGCUCUCUGCUGCAGCUUCCUCAGGCACGCGCCCACGCGAACGAAGACUCCCCAACACAGGCGAUCUCCUCCUUCCGACAUUCGACACACACAGAAUUCGCUCCUUCCUUGCACCCCAACGGCAACGACGCCUCGCAGCAGCUCGCUGAAGAGGCAGACCUCUCGGAUGUCUGCCCUUCCGACGACGAGGCGCCUCGAUCUCUCGCCCCCCCCCUUCCCGCAUCCAACAGCAGCAACAAUAGCAGCAGCAACGAUAGCUUCAACAACAAUAGCAGCAGCAACGCCUUCGACAGGAUCGAAGUUGUGGUGCCUCCCAGACUGCCGGGUGGCCACCCUCUUGAGCUGUUGAGAUGUUCAGGAGAAUUUGUUUUUGAGAGUUUUCAUCCUUACGCUGUAAUGCCUGUUGUCGGCGCCGCCAGCAACAGACGUGAUCUCGCUGCAGCAGCUGCCCUCCAGCGCAUGCAACAGGAUGCUCCUAGGGGGGAAGGAAGGGCUGGCACGCAGCAGAGUGGUGCUGCUGGAGGAGAAGGGCGAAACGCGGAUUCGAUCGGCCGUUUGGUUUUGGUGUCUCCCGAGGCUGUUGGGGUGUCUGUCACUUUUUGUGCGCCUCCAAGCGAUCUUGCACCCUGGCACCUCCUGACGGUGGAAGCGUUGCCGUGCUCCGCGGAGAAUCGGCAGCUGCUGCGACUCAUUCUCGAUGCGCAGCGAGCUCUAGAGAGACUGGAUGCUGCGGCGACUGCUGCUGCAGCGACUGCUGCUGCAGCGACUGCUGCUGCAGCAGGCUGCGUUUCCGACACUCCGGCUUUCUCAGGCAGCCCUGCUGCCGCAGCAGUGGCUGCUGCGACAGCGGCUGCUCCCUCGACAGCCGAGAUUCGCCUCGCCCUCGUUGAGCAGAUAGAGGCUGGCAUAAGGAAUCUCUGUGGGGAGCAUGCGGCAUGGGUGACUGCCUUAGAGCUUAGCAGCGUCUGGAGCUCGCCCACGUGGCACGGAGUGGAUUAUGCGGCAAGCUGCUGCAGCGACAGCUCAAUGCACACACUUUUUGCCUUAGGUCAUGGCUGUGCGACAGAAGAUCGAACGGGCAGCUGCAGGAUUAGAAAUCGGUGCCAGCAACAACAGGAAGAAGCUGAACACCUCCAACAUGAGCAUGAGCAACAGGAAGGAGAUCAUGAACAGCAAGAUCGGCAACAGGAGCAACAGCAAAACCACCAAUUGGUGCCUUGCACUGCGAACUGCUGCAAGGGUUUUCCCGUUCUUCCAGGAUCCGUUCUUCGAAGGCUGGAUACGCAAGAACGGCAGAAACGCAUGCAGCAUCUGCAGCAGCAGCAGCACCACGUGGCGUCGACGUAUCCCCUCCGUGAGGAGGAGGCGAGCAGCACUUCAGACAAGGGGGUCGCCUUCUCGCCGAGCAUUUCCGCCUUGAGCUUGCUCGACAGAGCAACGGCUCAGCUGAUGCGCAUGCUCCGUGGUGGUAGCAAGAUCGGCAGUAGCCAGAGCAGCCUACCUCUGCGUUUCCACCGAGGCAGCUCUGGUGGAGCAAGGCGCCGUUCGUGUGUAGAGGCUACAGCAGCUUCGGCAGUUGCUACUGCCUCCGCGAGAAGCAGUGACAACAGCAGCAACAGCGGCAGCAGCAGCAGCAGCAGCAGUGCGCCUGUGAGGCUUUCCUGCGUCGCGCCUUCUGGCGACGACUGCAUACAUCUUCUUACGGGAGCUUUAAUGCCGCGAGAAGCCUUUGCUUUAGACGGAUCGUGGACUGUACAGUUGAGAGUUUAUUGGAGAGAAGACGCUGCAGGAUGCCCCCUAGAUGCCACGACAGGAAUUCCUCUCCGUCCUCGUGAAAGAGCAGCGACAGCACGCAGCAGCAGCAGCAGCAGCAGCAGCAGCAGCAGCAGCAGCAGCAGCAAUAAUGCGCUGCCAUCUGCAAUGACGAUAUACGGCCCCGAGAUCGGGUUGGUUCCUGUGGUGUAUGGACAGCCUCCUGCUCACCGCGGCAGAAGUCAGAUGCAGCGGCAACGCAGCAGCAGAAGCAGGCGAGGCAGCCGUAUUGUUGGCACUUCGGAGAGCGGCGGCAGCAGCAGCAGGGGAGAGGCUGCAGCAGCAGACGCAGCUGGAGGUUCUACGAAGCGUUGCCAAGAAGGUGCUGUGCCUCUGAUUCCUCCCCCAGCAGACCGUUUCUUCGUCGUCUCCUGCAAGACUGAGUUGGUGCGAAGCAGCGAGAAGCAGCAGGAGGCUUGCGAAUUGAUCCCUCUGAGGGACCGGCAGUGUCGGCUAGAAGACGAAAGCGAGGAAGAAGCUGGCUCCGCACUAUUCGAAGACGUCGAGAAUGUCGAACGGCUGCUGCUGCGGUCGUACAGUGCAGCAGAUUUUAUUCCCCGAGAAUAUGCCUCGACACCGCCAGCAGACAGAAUGCAUCCCCUGUCCAUACACCCCAUUCUGCCCGCUUCCGAGACGAGGGAGGCUUUCGCCCGCGCACAAAACAGCAGCAACACCAGCAGCAACAGCAACAGCAACAGCCUGUGCUGGCAUCGAUUUUUGUCGAAUUCAAUGAUGGGAGCACCUGAGGAAUCUUUUGGACUCGAAAUGCCUGCCACAGACACCUGGCGAGCUUCCGUUGAGGCUUCGAUCUUGGGCGCUGUACAGACACUUUUCCGCCAGCCGCAUGCCGAGCAGCAAGUCGAGACGUCCAACAAAACUGAAGAGGACAGCCUUGACGCUGCAAGCUCUCCUGCCGAGGAGGAGGAAGAAGAAGACGACACCCUUAAAGAGGCAAAGUGGUGCUCCGCGUUGCUCUCCAUGCAAAUCUCCGUGUGCCUCUGCCAAUCGAGGCUUAUCCGAUUGAAAGAAGCACAUGACGAUUUCGAGGCAGCCAAGCAGCAGAUGCAAGACUUAAUUGCACCAGUUGUUAGGUCGGCAAGCCCCUCGAAUCCCGAGCACCCAGUGUCUAUACACCGCAUGCGUUUGCUGCUCGAGCAGCUGCGUCGAUCUCGAAGGCGGCUGCAGCAACUGCAGCAGCUAGGCGUCGAUGACGUCAUUCGCUGUACCUUCAAGCUGCAACAAUCCUCGGAUCAGCGGCAGGAGAACAGACACGAGCUUCCUGAUGAUCGUCUACAAGUCGUGCAUGUCGUAGGAGAAUUCAAGCGACUCCUAGGAACUGGAGGUGGCUUGGCGUUGAUCCCUGCGCUUCGUUUUGGUCGUGCCAUAGCGACCGUUGAGGCUCUCCGAGUAGUGCAGCCGUAUCCAGCUCCUCGCGAUCCUUCACUGUGGGGAGCUCGUGGCUUUAUGGCGACUCACUGUGCAGCCAUCCGCUUCAGAGUGCAGCCUAGUCCGUACGCGACGCAUGCGGCUUGGGAAGCAUGCAACUACAUGCCACCAGAUGCCUUUCUGCUUCCCCGCAAGCAUCCGCAGCAGCUCAAGCAGGAAGUUGAAGGCAACGCCACUCCGCACGCACUGCCUGCAGAAGCUGCCGCUGCACACGAGCGGGAGUCUCUCUCCAUGACCGCUCCUCCCCCGCCCAUGAGCAGCAACAAAUAUUGCAGCAGCACCAAAUAUUGCAGCAGCAGCAGCAGCACCACCGCCUUCAAGGGAUACAUGUUCUCCGGCUUCAAAUUAUCUGUCAAACAAGUGCUCCCGCCGUCGGCUUCCUUCUUGACGUCCUCUUGUCGCAUCAAGUCUCAACUAGGAGGCAUUGCGUCUAUUGCAUUCACUGCCGCAAAAGCAGCUGCGGCAGACAACGCAGAGGCACUGCUAGCCACUGGACGGCCUACCUUCCCUCUUCCGCCGAGGCACGUUGCAGCGGCAGAAGGAGGAGGCGCAGCCGAGAGGGAAACACAUGCAGCAUCCCAUGCAGCAGAGUAUUCCGAUGAAGCAGUCAAGCCCACAAGCUCCCAACGGGGGAGGAUGCCUCAUCCUCCCCUCCUCCCUCCUGUUGCUGCUGUCGCUGACGCGACGUCGUCCUCUCAGUUGGUGCAUCUUUUCCACGGCGCAGGAGCAUCCGCAGGCGCUUUGCUGCUGCCUGCAGCUCCCGACGCAGCGCAUGCAGCAGCAGCAGCGCAGCCUCAGAUCCAGCAAGGCUCCAGCAGCAGCAGCUGCCUCUGGAAAGCGGCUUCUACGCUCUCUCUAGCGUGGAACGAAGCCUGGCCAGAUGCCUUACUCGCAGCGCUUCUAGCCGAUCCCAGAGCUCCUCCUCCCGCGAAGAAGCCUCCUUCUCCCCCGCAAAACUUGUUCUCCUCCCGUCCCUUCCCCGCCAUCCGACUGCCUUCGCUGCCUCUCCCCCUCUCUCGCGGCUCCUCCACAGCUCCUCCCUUCGCCUCUCCCAGUGGACAGACACCAGCGUUUGCAGCACGCCCGGCGGCAGCAGCCUCCGCAAGAACGCUUUUUUGGCGCUUCAAAACGCGCGUGGAUAGCAACGGCGAUGUCUUCGUGCAUCCACUCAACCUGUGGGAGUGGAGCCUCCCUUGGUGGUCAUCUGUAUCGCCUCUGCAAAUCGCAGAAUCGCUCAGCAAGGCGCGGCAUUUUUAUGGGGGCCCCUGUGGGGUGCGGGGGGCCCCCCCCCCGGCGGAGUCAAAGGGAGCAGCAGCUGCAGCUGCAGCUGCAGCAGCAGAUGCUCGCGAUGAAGAAUUCUCCAGAGAAGAUGGAGCAGCGUCGCGACAUCGGGAGGGCGGCUACGCAGAAGCGGGGGCGGCUCACGCGCAGAUGUCUCCAGGGGAGGGCUCCUGGGGUGGCUCACCUCGCGACGAUCUCGACAGUUCUUUGAGUGAGGAUGAGGCUUCGUGGAGUUCAGAUCUGUCGGAGCGAGGGGAUGCUGAUGAGGCUGCCAGGACGAACGGCGAAGGUUCCGAAGGCUUUGGCAGUUUGGUAGCGACUUCCGCUCACCUCCAACGCUUUGGAGCUGCUCUGCAGCUGUGCUGGCAAGCCUAUGAGGCUUGCGCGCUGAUGCCAGCAGCAUCAGCAGCAUCAGCAGCAACAGCAACAACAACUACACAAGUCGGAGCAGAAGACGACAUUCUUCUCGACACGGAGGCUCCUCGGAGCGAAUCGGUGUAUUUCCCUUGGUGGCCACUUAUCCUUCUCCCCCCCAAGGUGUCGCCUCUAGCGUAUGCCGUAGUAUUUGAAGUUUUGGGAGUAUUUUUUCGCAGCGCACUCAAGGCAGCAGAGGACGAAGCAGCGGCGACUGCAGCUCGAGGAGGAGAUGCAGCUGCCGUCGCGUCGGCUGGCACUGCUGCCUUCCGACUGCUCUGGCCUCCCCACCCUCGAGAGCUGCACAGAGGGCUCUUGUGGCGUCUGGAGACGAUUCACGUUCUCAACGUGAGCGCAGCCUUCUGUCUGCCGCUUCUGAGCCGACCUCGCCUUCCUCGGCUGUGUUGCCGCAGCCUCCUGCCUGAAGCAGAGCUCUCGCUUCCCGCAAAAGGAGCGACAGAAGCUGCUGCUGCUGCUGCCACAGCAGCAGCAGCAGCAUCCGCCAGAGCGCCUCCUGCCAAUUGCAGCAUUAGUCCCCUUCCUGCGCUCCGCCACUGCGUCUUUGCCCCCAUUGUAUCCGACCCUUUCAGACCUCUAGACGCCGCAUGCACGUGGGGUGUCUUGCGCUGCAACAUCAGCAACAGCAGCAGCAUAAUCAGCAGCAGCAUUAUUAGCAGCAGCAGCAGCAUUAUUAGCAGCAGUCUCUUCCGUGUGGGCCCUCCAGUGUCUCUUGUUGAGACGUUGGUGGGUAAUGUUCGCGAGUUGCUGCUUCCUGCCCUCCGCAUAUUCGCCUUGCGCGCUGCCUCUAUUUGGCGAUCGCAGCUGCUGGAAAGGCGGCGCGGAGGGGAGGAAUUCAGCGCGGAGGAGAGGCUUUACGUGGCGCCUUCUUUCGCGGAUCAGCUGGCGAGAGGCUUCGUGCUGGCGCCUAAGGAUGCCGUCUUGCAGAGGCACUGGCAGGCUCUUGCCUCGCUGUUUUUGCUGCGAGGAUUGCUGCCGCAAGCUCCGCUCCCUUCAGAGCAAGAAGCCCUCUGCCCACGCGUCGGGGGAGGCAUUGUGUCUGUGGGGCGCACUGUGUCGGGAGCAGCAGCAGCAGCGGCUGCCGCAGGGAGCCUCGCCGCAACGAGCGCCUCAGGAGCGGCAGCAGGGAGCAGCGUUGGCGGCGGAGCAGAGGACGAGGAAGUCUCUCUGCUCCCAGAGCAGGCUUUUGCGUCUUCGCUGGUCUUCCAGGUGUCUCACCAGCUGCUGCAGAUCCCCCCCGCUGCUCUUAUCGCUCGCGAGCGAUGCUUCUCCGUGGAGCUGCUCGGGGAGGGAGCGCAAGACUUGGGAGGUCCUUAUGCGGAAGUCAUUAGCGCCGUCUGCGACGACUUGAGGAGCAGCCGUCUCUUCAGCCCUUCCAGCAACGCUAGAGCGUGGGUAGGCGAGGGCAGAGACUUCCUCUCCCCCAGUCCGCUGCUAAGGGAGCUUCUGGUGCCUGCGGCUGCAGCGCAGGUGUCUGCGCGACAAAGGAGGCUGCGCUCCUCCUCGAGCCUCUUUCUUGCCGACGACGACGCAGCGCUCGGCGUUGCCAGCGCCCCUCUGCCUUCCGCCUCGCGGCAGACGCCUCUGCCGUGCUGCCUGACGGACGCUCCUCCUCUGCUGAUCGCCUCUCCCGGCUUCUGCACGCCCUCCGCAGACGGCAUCCCUCCCCUUCGCGCUCUGCAGCGGCAGUGGGAGCUGCAGCGCCAGGCGUUCGCGCAGCUCUUCACCUCCUGGAAAGGAACUGCCGAAGAGCACGCUCCUGCGCGCCUGCUGCUGCACUUCUGGAGCAGACAAGGCAUCUCCACGUAUGGGCAAAAGGUGUGCCGAGCUCUGCAGGCACUUGGGCUCCUCAUGGGAUGCUCUAUCAUCUCCAUGAGCCCCCUCAACUUGUCUCUAACUCCCGCCACGUGGGCUCUGCUCAUGGGGGAGCAGCCGGCGCAGGAGCUGUUGCUGCAGCAGGAUUUGCUGGCAGCCAGACAUCUCCGCAAGCUUCGGCUUCCCGUCGCAGCGGCUGCUGCGGAGGCUUCGAAGCAAUCCUCCGAAGCAGACACCUCGGUGCGCGCGACUCGCCGCGCUUCAGAGGCCGAUUCAGAGAGGAGCGCCGCUGAAGCGGCUGCAGCAGCUGCGGCGGCGGUUGCAGCUGCUGCCGCCGCCGCUGCGGGGGAAGACGUAGAGGAGACACGAGAGGAAGUCUCGGCUGCAGUGUACGCGAUGCUGAGAAGGGGGGCAGUCGUUGAUGACUCUGUAGGAAGAUCCAUGCCCCUUCUGGCGGCUCACGAGCAGCUGCAUCUCCGUCUUCAGGAUCUUCCGGCGCUUCUAGACAUACAAACGCAAGUCAGAGUGAGCGAAGGGUUCGAAGCUGCCUGCUGCAUGGCGUGGGGAGUGCAGCAACUCGUUCGCAUUCCACUUCUUCGAGCGCUGCUUCGGCCGGAAGACUUGCGGAGUCUCGUCUGUGGUGCACCCGAUGUAGACGUCGAACUUCUUAAG